AGUGUACAUUUGGCUUCAAUGAAGUCAUAUUGUUAGCAAUAUUAUUAUGCUAACAAGUAUCAAAAUAUAUUCAGCUGAGGAAGUUGUUCGUUUGUUAUUGUCUAGUAAUUUACGAGAAUGUCUUCUCGACUAUACAAAUAUCUAAUUAAAGUUGUUGAUAAACGUGUACCAACAUUUGGUCGACCAUUUUGGGAGUAUGAGGCUGGACCCAAGACAAUAUUCUUCUGGGCUCCUUUAUGCAAAUGGGGUUUAGUGAUUGCUGGUAUAAAAGAUUUAACAAGACCCGCUGAACUUUUAUCUGCAGAACAAGCAGUAGCAAUCGGUGCCACAGGAUUUAUUUACUCGAGAUUCUCUAUGGUCAUCAUCCCUAAAAACUAUACGCUUCUUUCAGUGAAUGUUUUCGUAGCAAUAACUCAGAGUAUACAACUGUUCCGAGCGCUUCGGUAUAAAUAGCAGACAGGGAAUAAAGAAGAGCUGGUAGCAGACCAUGCUUUACCUUCUGUUGAAUCAGAUAAAACAAAAGAUUAAUUUACUUCAACACCCGUUGACAACAAAAUAGAACAAACAACAACCCUAAGAAUAUUUUCUCUUACAUUGAAGCACACGAAAGAUUAUGUUUAAUAUCAUCAUCAGACGAGGUCAAUGAAUCUAAACAAUCGGUGAACUAAUGCAGUGACCACGUUUCAACGAUGACAAAAUCUUUUUUACUGAUGAUAGAAGAGAUAAAAAUAAAGAAAGAAAGAAAGAAAAUU